GUAUGGUUCAGACAUGAGAUAUGCAGGGGAUCUUAGAAAGAUCUCGUUUUUUUGAUGAGAUAAUAAUGGUACGAGAAUGUUCUCAUUCUGAUUCAUAGCAAGAACGGCUCUGAUAGCGCUUUGGUGCAGCGAGCAGCGUGGGAAUAUCACAGACAAACCCACUCGUGCCUCUACCUCAUCACACCGUUGAUCACUACCACAGACACAACAACAUACUUACCAUACCAGAUCCAACCGCAAGCACAGCACCGCAGGCGACAACACAAUGAUCCAACCCUAAUUCCACCGUCUCUUACCUCCAAGGUGAAGGUUCCCUUGGAAUCCAUGGCUGUUUCGUAUGUUCACAUGGUUCAAUCUGGCAGGGGUUUCCACAAGGGUAACCUUUCAUAUGCCAAUUUCAGUUACAAGGGGAGGAGGUCCAACCGUUUAGUUUUUGCUUCUAUGCAAACUUCAGACCAUAAGGUAGAUUCAUUACUGGACAGUGUAAAAUGGGAUGACAAAGGCUUAGCUGUGGCAAUAGCUCAGAAUGUUGACACAGGGGCCAUAUUAAUGCAAGGUUUUGCAAACAGAGAAGCAGUUGCCACAACCCUAUCUUCUCGAAAGGCCACUUUCUAUAGCCGAUCAAGAUCAACAUUGUGGACCAAAGGAGAGACCUCUAAUAAUUUUAUCAAUGUUCAUGAUGUCUUUCUUGAUUGUGAUCGUGAUUCUAUAAUAUACCUGGGGAAACCUGAUGGGCCUACCUGUCACACAGGGGCAGAAACUUGUUAUUAUACAUCAGUCUUUGACUUGUUAAAACAGCAAGAGGAUGAAGGAGAUAAUUUGGCAUUAACCUCAUUGUAUGCAUUAGAGUCAACAAUCUCACAACGGAAAACAGAGUUAACUGGAGAAAAUGAGAAGCCUUCAUGGACAAAGCGAUUAUUGCUUAACGAUAAGUUGUUGUGCUCUAAAAUCAGGGAAGAGGCAAAUGAGUUGUGUCAAACACUAGAGAAUAAUGAGGACAAGUCACGUACUGCUUCAGAGAUGGCUGAUGUACUUUAUCAUUCCAUGGUUCUGCUGGCACAGAAAGAUGUCAAAAUAGAAGAUGUUUUGCAGGUUCUUCGGCUGAGAUUUUCCCAAUCUGGUAUUGAGGAGAAGAGAAGCCGUUUAUCCCAGAAACCAUUGGGUCAUUAAAUUUUCUGUCAAAUCUAUAUCUCAAACAGUAUAUUUAGCUUUUUUUGACAUACCUGGAUUAACUGUAUGUGUUAUUAUCUGUGUGACUAUACUGAAUUGGGGUAACUUAUUUAAAUAGCGUAGAGAAUGUCAAGAACACCAUGUAACUGCUAUCCACCCAUUUUUGCAGAUAUCAGUUUACACUGUUUUUGAGGUAUAGAUAAUUAUAUUGCUUGGAUGCUUAUUUCUACCAAACUGCAAGUAUGUAAUUCAUUAUCUUAAGUUAGUUAGAAUUGAUUUUGAGCUGUUAAAUGUA